GGGUUGAACGGACUAGGUAGCUACUAGUCUCGCGUUGCCAUACCUCAAAGGUUCUCAACGAGGCUAGGUAGCAAGAAAAGACUAGCUAGAUGUUGAAAAUAGUUUUGACUGUUAUUGUAGCUGAAUAACCAGUCGUGUUUUCCGGCAUGUGCAGUUUAAAUUAGAACUAUCAUAGAAGUUGUACGUGAGGGGUCUCCGGUGGAGCCUUGCGAGACUACCUUGUUCUGUGGGGGUGACCAUGGUUUGAGACAGCAAAGAUGUCUGCCCGCAUUCCGCUGGUCCUCCUGGCCUGCGGCUCCUUCAACCCAAUCACCAACCAGCACAUGCGGCUGUUCGAGCUGGCCAGGGAUCACCUGCACCAGACAGGUCAUGCACCAUAGAGACCCUAUAUUAAUUUGUUAUGUUCGUGUUGCCUCCUAGACUUGUAUUAUGCACCUGUCUGUUUAUUUCGUCAGUGUGAUUACAGGACAGUGGAAGGUAGAAGUCCCCCAAAGGGUUUCUGUGAAGCUUUCACAAGCAUUUACAUUGUGGUUAAGUAUCAAUUGUCAUCUGUACAGAUAGAGCUGUGCCUUCCUUGCACACUACUUUACACCUUGUGCCUUGACAUGAGCCUACACAUUUAGUCUAUUUAUAUAGACCAAAUAAACAGUACUGCACUUCAGUUGGAAUAAAUAAUGUUCUUAUUUUCCCAUGGACCCUGGGGGCAUAAGAUGUCAGCUGACCUGUGAGAAUGUAAACAUUGUACAGAAUAAGCUGUAUAGUAUUAAAUUGCGUGGUGACUAAAGCUUUGUUAUAUUUUCCCAUGUUGUAGACUUGGGAAAAUGGUGCAAUAAGGAAGACAAUAUAGCAUUGAGGGGAUUCAAUUAGGUGUGUUUUGCCCCGGGUGAAAGUUCAUUGCAUUCAUUCUGGAACUGGGCUGCGUCCUGGGCUUGAGCCAGGUGCCCCGUUCAAAACCCACGGUGAAGUCGGCUCAAAACAAAAGUGACGUAAAUUAAGCACGUCGAGUAAUGAGUAGGAUUCUGUGUUUUCACAUGCAAAAGUGAUUGCUUUAGAUAAAGACGCUUUAGCUGCCUUCUCAAUGAAAACAAUUUUAACAUUUUCAAACAUAUUUUUAUGGAAAAGAUAUGUUGUAUGUUUCUGGAUGAUGCACCGUGCUUCCUUGUUGACAACCUGACCGAGCGGCGCAGAUUACUGUUAGAUUUGAGGAGGGUGCUCCUCAGUCACUGCUUUUGCCCGAUCACGUCACGGGCCAUAGACCGGUGCCCCGUGACUCAGUAUAAUCCAAUCUGCCCAAUGUCAGAGAGUGGGGAGGAUCAAGAGUGUCAUCAACCAAUGAUUUACCCCAUUUCAGGUCAGUUCCAGGUGGUGGGCGGGAUUGUGUCUCCGGUGAGUGACGGCUAUGGCAAGCAGGGCCUGGUGUUGGCCAAGCACCGAAUCGCUAUGGCGAGGCUGGCACUGCAGAGUUCAGACUGGGUCUCCGUUGACGAUUGGGAGAGCCAGCAGCCCGACUGGACAGAGACAGUGGUCACAAUGAGGUACCAUUAUGGUCGGAUACUGAAGCAGUACCAAGAGGGCACAGGGAAGGACAGUGGUCCAACCACAAACCCCCAUCAUCUCACAAGCUCCUCUCCCAGGCUGAAGCUGCUGUGCGGAGCUGACUUCCUGGAUACCUUCAAGGUGCCAGGCCUGUGGCUGGAUGACCACGUGGAGGAGGUGGCGGGCCGCUUCGGCCUGGUCUGUGUCAGCCGGGGGGGCCUGGAGCCCGAGCUCGCCGUGCACGAGUCGGAGACACUUUCACGCCAUUGGCGAAACAUCUUCCUAGUGCGCGAGUGGGUCCGCAACGAGACCAGCGCCACGGAGGUCCGGCGGGCCCUGAGACGAGGCCUCAGCGUCAAGUACCUCCUCCCAGAUUCUGUCAUCAAGUAUAUCCACCAGCACAACCUCUAUACCGGGGAUAGUGAGCUGAAGAAUAAGGAUGUGCUAUUGAGGCCGCUUACCAAGCAGACAGAGAUGCCUGUGAAAACUCUGGAUGAUUAACUGAGAGGCUGCCAUUGGCCUUCAUUGAUGGAAGCAAGCAUAUAAUGUGCCAAUAGCAGAUACAUCUACUGACUGUGCAAGAACAGGCCAUGUGGCCCAUAACUAGUACACUUUCACUGUCAUCUCAGUUGAAUAUGUGGCACACCACACGCACAAUGUUUUUCCAUCAGUGGGUGCCUUUUUUAUAAGCAGACAUGUAAUCUGUUUUGGAAGAGAUGCAAUCAUCACCCCCAACAGCCCGUAGAUACAGUGCGGGUAUGUGCUGGUUGGCUAGUCUACAUGAUCAGAUUAUUAUGGAUAAGAGCGAGAAUAUUUUUUGGGGCAAAAGGCAGUCAAGCAUCGAUCAUCAUGACACCAGAAUAAGAUCCUCGAUAUUUAUUGGAAAUUACCAUCAAGCUCAUCACCGUGCACUUUCAACACCCUGUGAAGCUCAUCAUAACUGUAGCCUAAUAAACUGUAUGCUUUCUCGAGUCGUAGUGGGAGGAACACGCACCACUCCAAGUUUACUUCGAUAUGAUGAUGAUGAUGAUAUCACUAUUUGCACAUGAAGGCAUUUCCUCCACAUUCCUUGCGUAAUUCAUUUUGCGGAUACAAAAAGAUCCCACCCACCAUGUCGAAUGAACAAACUAUUUGUCGGUAUUCAUAAAAUAGUACAGAAACGUUCUGUUUCCAUCACGGCUGUCAUUACUUUUUUUUAUACAGUAUUACUUACCUGCAUAAAAACUGUGGAUGGGCCAACACUUAGCACUGUUUUAUAUGGCCACUGUGCAAAUGCAUGUCAAGACUGGUUGGUCAGCUUCAAACACGGCUAGGCCUAAUCGAAUUAGCAGAGUUGUACAAUUUAUGGUGUCAUUUAAAAAAAAUGCACCCCCCCGCCCCAACGUAAAAAUAUUUUCAAUAAUGUUUAUGCCCACAAAUAACAAAUGUAGCAACCCUGUGUUUAUAAACGUGGAUAUAGACUUUGACACUUCAGCAUGCUUUUGUGGCACAGUCGAUGCCACGCAGGUCUAUGGGCCAGAAGGUUGAGGGUUCACCGAGAGGAACCACAGAGGAGCUCACUCUCCCUGCAUGUUUUAUCACUGGUAGGCCUGAAACAUUCUUCCUCACCUCAAGUUCAACUGUCUGAGUCAGUUGGAGCAACUGCCUUCAUAUCAUAGGCUUGCAGUAGCUAAAGCUUAAUAAUAACCACACCAAACCUUCACAAAAGUUUGUAAACUUGAGUGUAAUAUCAAAAGUCAAGCCAUUGUUUAUAGGGAAUAUAAAGUAAGAACAGGCCAUUCUAUUGCAGCAAACACCAUAAGUUGGAACUUAAUUUGGCCUAAGAAAAUGUCUCAACUGAAUGAAAUACAACAAUUGUGAACUGGUUUAAACCUUAUUGCCGUAAUUACCAACAAAGGCAAGUGCAUACUAUACACAACAAAUUACAGAAAUAGAAUCAUAAAUAUCAUAUACAGACCUACAUUUAACCUAGCUUAAACUAAAUAUGGAGCACACAAUUAAAAAUGAUCAAAUGUAAUUUAGCCAAUGAAUGUCUCAACAGAAUUAAACAAAACAGGUUUUGCGUAUUUAAAAUAAAUAAUAAAAAAGUGUUCUAUUAAUAAAUAGGCUUACAAUAAUUUAUAUACAAUAAUAAGGAUAAAACAAGUUAUUAGAAAUACAUUUAAGUUUCAAAUUGCAUCCUACCUGAAUAGGGAGUUGCCACAGUAGCCUCUAUUUGGCCAUGCCAACGUUCUUCUCAUCUUCCACUACAAUAUUAAAACGUAUAUUAAAUUCCC